GAAGCCCUAAAACCACCCCCACCCCGCCGAACGAUUUUGCUCCUUCUACUAUGGUGCCUUCAAUGGCUGGCAUGGAUUUGGUGGCACAGGUGUGUUUUCCCUGCUUCUAUUCUGACCUCCACCGCCUCCUCUUAUUUCCGCUGUGGUGCUUUGGAGUUCCGGUGUCUUUUCCAUACUUGCGUUCUGACCUCCACCGCCUCCUCUCACCACCGACGGUUUUGCACAUUUCCCUCCAUCUAAUUUGCCACCUGCGCUCCUUCUAUUCUUCAGGUUUCUCAAUAGUGAUAGAGACGGUGGCUUGCAGCGGUUGGAUGUCGUCAGGAACUGUGGUAACGAAGCAGUUCUUCCCGGAUAGUGAUAGAGACGGUGGCUUGCAGCGACAUCAGUGGUUAGAUGUUGUUGAUGGAAGUGUUGUAGACGAAAGAAGAGAAUUCAUGUUAAAGCAGCAGCAGAGACAGCAGGUGAGGAAGAGUAGGAGAGGACCUACGCCUCGGCGUUCUCAAUAACGCGGUGUUACUUUUUACCGGAGAACCGGACGAUGGGAAUCGCAUAUAUGGGAUUGUGGGAAACAAGUUUAUCUGGGUGGAUUUGGCCAAUAGCACAUGCUGCUGCAAGAGCAUAUGAUCGAGCUGUAAUUAAGUUUCAUGGGCUUGAUACUGAUAUUAAUUUCAACAUAAGUGAUUACGAGGAAGAUCUGAAAGAGAUAAAGAACUUAACAAAGGAAGAGUUUGUUCAUAUUCUGAGGCGUCAAAGCACUGGUUUCUCUAGAGGAAGCUCAAAAUACAGAGGAGUCACUGUGCAUAAAUGUGGUCGAUGGGAAGCUCAAAUGGGCUAAUUUCUUGGAAAAAAAACAUCUAUCUUGGAUUGUUUGACUUUGAAAUUGAAGCUGCAAGUUUUGACUUUUGACUUUUAACCUUUGAGCCUCUCAUUCUCUCUUUGAAACCACCAUUUGAUUUUUGAUAAUUUAUUUAUUAGGGCUAUGACAAAGCUGCUAUAAAAUGCAAUAGGAGAGAAGCUGUCACCAACUUUGAACCAAGUUCAUACGAGGGUGAGCUAACAACUCUUGUGACUGUCAAUGGAGAUGGAGCUUCCAUGGAUUUGAAUCUAGGUAUUGGUCCUCCAUCUUUACCAUUAGAUAAUAAGGCAAAUCAGACUUCUGGGAGUUUGAACCAAAUCAACUGGCUCUUAGGUGACAUGUAUGAGGAUAGAAGAACAAGGAUUGAAAACCACUCUACACCUAUGACAUUCAUAUAUAUAUAUAU